AUGCUGCAGGCUCGGGGGGAUCGCAGGACGAUGUGUCGGGAUCGCAGUCGAACAGAAGUGAAUUCGGAUGCCGCCACACAGAUAAUCAGGAAAUCAUUAGACCUGUCGAACGCGCCACCAAAAGAUAGUAACCGAGUAUGGAACAGUGGCGACGGAACGGCGUGGAAGAGUCAGGUGAUGGUUAUUGCGACAAUUGACAGCACACCACAGGGUCUGGUCUCACUAGCAAGCGAUCGUGGGGGACGGUUUCGUUCGGGGAUGGGUGGCCCGGUGCAAAAGGACGACUCGCGAAGCAGGGAUUGGCUGAGAGGCUAG